AAUGUUGCGACACAACACACAGAGUGGAAGCUUUUUCUCUCUCUCUAUUUUACAGUGGCAAGAGGAGAGCUUCCAUACACACAAUAUGGCUACAAUAUACAAUAUGAUAUGAUUGCAUAUUUAGUUAGUUGCUGACAAGCCUAGUGUGUAGACCACACACUCUACACAGUGCGUCGUAAUCGCCAAAACACAGUGUUCGCAACAGUCGCAUUCUCACAUAUAUUCACAGUGUGCCCCCUCAAUAAAAGAGAACGAGAGAAACGAGAAAAAAAACACAUAAAUCUAGAAAUCAUGUUAUUCACUCAAUUGUAAUAGAACUGUAUAGAUACUAAGGGUUACAUAAUGUGUUGUUAUUAUUACUAUUAUUUUUAUUUUUAUUAUUUUUUGCAUAAAACUUAAACGUAACGCGAUGAAUACGAACUACAUCUACUACUCCAACAACAUUGUUUCAAGCACACAUUUCUACAUACACCAACAUAAAUAAAAAAAGACAAUAUAUAGUUACAAUCCAACAACAACCAAUACACGAAACUUCGUUCUCGGCUACACAAAUAACAAACAAACAAACAAACAAAAAAAACAAUAUGCCAAAGAUGUCUAAAUACCACAUAUACAACUUUUUCCCAUCAGUUCCAAUACUCGGAUUUGGAAUAUUACUAUCUUUUCUUGCAGGUUGUGAAUCUGGUUCUCAUGAAAAACGACUUUUACACGCUUUACUAGACAACUAUAACGUUUUAGAACGCCCCGUUGUAAACGAAUCGGAUCCAUUGCAAUUGAGCUUUGGACUGACGCUUAUGCAGAUUAUCGAUGUUGACGAAAAAAAUCAACUUCUCAUAUCAAAUUUAUGGCUGAAACUGGAAUGGAACGAUAUGAAUUUACGAUGGAACACGAGCGAAUACGGUGGUGUGAAAGAUCUACGAAUCCCGCCACAUCGACUCUGGAAGCCAGACGUACUAAUGUACAACAGCGCUGACGAGGGAUUUGAUGGCACUUAUCCCACGAACGUAGUGGUGCGCAAUAAUGGAUCCGUCGUUUACAUUCCGCCGGGAAUAUUCAAAUCCACUUGCAAAAUUGAUAUAACAUGGUUUCCGUUUGAUGAUCAGCGAUGCGAAAUGAAAUUCGGUUCAUGGACAUACGACGGAUUUCAGCUGGACUUACAAUUGCAAGACGAGUCUGGAGGCGAUAUCAGUAGCUUUGUUACAAACGGAGAAUGGGAAUUGCUUGGCGUUCCAGGAAAACGAAACGAAAUCUACUACAAUUGCUGCCCCGAACCGUAUAUCGAUAUCACGUUCGCCAUAAUUAUUCGUCGCAAAACCUUAUACUAUUUCUUCAACUUGAUAGUGCCUUGUGUUCUGAUCGCAUCAAUGGCUUUAUUAGGUUUUACACUGCCUCCUGAUAGCGGGGAAAAACUUUCACUAGGUGUUACAAUUCUGUUAUCAUUGACUGUCUUCCUCAAUAUGGUCGCAGAAACUAUGCCUGCAACUUCCGAUGCUGUGCCGCUACUGGGAACUUAUUUCAAUUGCAUAAUGUUUAUGGUCGCGUCGUCAGUCGUUAGUACCAUUUUAAUUUUGAAUUACCACCACCGAAGCGCUGACACACAUGAAAUGUCAGACUGGGUACGAGUGGUGUUUUUAUAUUGGCUUCCAUGUAUUUUACGGAUGAGUCGGCCAACACCCGAUGACGAGGAAGAAAAACUCGAUAAAAAGGCUCAACAACUCCAGAGUGUGGAACUGAAAGAACGUUCAUCGAAAUCAUUACUUGCCAAUGUGUUGGAUAUCGAUGACGAUUUUCGAUGCAAUCACAGCUGCCCAACAUUUCUACAACAACCAACGUACUAUCGAACUGUUUACAGGGGUGAAGCGGAGGAAAGUAUUGGAACAAUUGCCGACACGCGAAUCAAUCAAUCAUAUCCGCAAUCAUGUUUUGGCUCUUCCGAAUACGAGUUGGCAUUGAUUCUUAAAGAAUUGCGUUGGAUAACCGAUCAGCUGAAACAAGAGGAUGCAGACAAUGAAAUAUCUCGUGAUUGGAAAUUUGCCGCAAUGGUUGUUGAUAGACUAUGUCUCAUAAUUUUUACUUUAUUCACGCUACUCGCCACAUUGUUUGUACUCUUCUCAGCCCCGAAUUUCCUCCUUUAAACAAUUGCAAUUGUUAACAAACUCACACGAUACAUACACACACUAAAAAAUAAAUGUGAAACGCACGAAUUCGAAAGCAACCGAAAUAAGAACAAAACCAUACAUUGAUACUAUAAACUAUAAACUUAACAGGAAAAUAAAAGAAACAUAAAAUACGAAAACCACAUGCAAAUGAAUGAAAAAAAACAAACAAACCUAUAUACACUGUAUACACCCACUCACACACAAACACACACGAAACACACCAACAAAUUAUUGCUAUUAAAUGAAUAAUCACGGAAUCUGCUUUGUAAACAUAUAAAAAAAACAGUCGCGUGUUCAUCUAUUUGAAUACCGAAAGUAGCCUAAGAUAAGCUAUUAAACUUGAAACGAGACUUGCUACAUUGAUGAAUUUAGCAACUCAGCAUUGUUUGACUAUUAUUACUAAACAGUUAUUAAAUAGUUGAUAGAAGUGAACUUAAAAUUUGAAGAAGAAGAAAAAAGCAACCGAAGCUAGACGGAAAAGGGAAAAUAAUCGAAUUUUGUAAUGAACAUGUUGACGCGUUUAAACUUAAACUGCAUUUUUUUAAAGAAAAAAAAACAACAACAGCAACUGCAAAAAAAAUGAUACAUUAACAUUAUUUAUUGAUAUAGUUAGCAGCAAUCAAAGGAAUUCUUCCACACUUGUAUUUUUGCCUUCAAAAUCCAACUGCAAUUUUUCUAAUUCAUAUUUAUUGACAUUUCACUGCAUUUAGAUGGUAAACAACAAUAACAACAACAACAAAAAAUAUUGACACUAUGUUGUACAACACAGGAAAAAAAACACACGUAAAUUGUUUCACCAUUUUGAACAAAUGGGAUUUGAAUUCAUUUUAAUUUUUUUUAAAUUUUGUGACUAGUUUGACGAGAGAAAAAUAAGAAGUGGUUUAGAAGUAUUAUUAUUAUUAUUAUUACAUUCGCGGUAGGUCGAAACAGUUAGUAUAUGCAUAAACAAUACAAUCAAUCAAUCAAUUAACCCCAUUAGAAAAAUAUUCAAUUUUUUUAAAAAAACAUGACAAAAGUUAUUGAUUUUACACUUCUAUAGAAAUUGUAUUUAUACACGUUACCAGUGACAAGUUAAUAAAAAAUGAUAUAACAUUCAA